AUGAUGCCCCGCAGCCUGUUGCGAUCUACCAGCGCCCUGACCACCUCGCGCGUAGCUCUGCGUCCUUCUACGGGCGUGCGCCACUUUCGCAAGAAUGCCCCCACCAAGUACACGGAGAACAAAGAGCUGACAGGACUGGCAGGAGUUCUGCAAGCUGACAACCACAAGCUUUCGGUCAAGGCAAUGCACCUGACGAACGUGGGCCUUAUGGCUGCCGUGCCACUUGCUUUCGUACUGAGUCCGUCACCGCUGGCGCUGCCCGUGGACUUGGCGAUCGGUGUGCUCGUGCCUGUGCACGCUCACAUUGGCAUGAACAACGUCAUUUCCGACUACGUGCCCAAGAACGUGCGCACAUUGGCGCGUCUGGGCUGGCUGGGCGCCACGUCGCUCAUGCUGCUAGGACUGCUGCGCGUCAACUUGGAAGGUCCGGGCAUUACGGAGGUGGUCAAGACCAUCUGGCGUGAGUCGCCCAACAAGAAGAAGCACGAGGCGUAG